AGUCAUUUAUCUUGUCAGUGGAUCCAGCAUCUUGCUGUCUGUUUUCCAGGGUUUAUACACAUCGUUGGUGUUGGGACGGUGUCUUUUUGACGAAGGUGCAAAACGGAUGUUUGCUACAGCCAGCUAAACAUAGUUUUCACCCACCUCCCCACACUACCGUUCAAACGUUUGGGGUCACUUAGAAAUGUUUUUUUUUAGGAAAAGCACCAUUUUUUUUUUUGUCCAUUUAAAAUAACAUAAAAUUGAUCAGUGUAGACAUUGCUAAUGUUGUGAAUGACUAUUGUAGCUGGACAAGGCUGAUUUUUAAUGGAAUAUCUACAUGGGCGUACAGAGGCCCAUUAUCAGCAACCAUCACUCCUGUGUUCCAAUGGCACGUUGUGCUAGCUAAUCCAAGUUUAUCAUUUUAAAAGGCUAAUUUAUCAUUAAAAAACCCUUUUGUAAUUAUGUUAGCACAGCUGAAAACUGUUGUGGUGGUUUUAAAGAAGCAAUAAAACUGGCCUUCUUUAGACUAGUUGAGUAUCUGGAGCAUCAGCAUUUGUGGGUUUGAUUACAGGCCCAAAAUGGCCAGAAACAAAGAACUUUCUUCUGAAACUCGUCAGUCUAUUCUUGUUCUGAGAAAUGAAGGCUAUUCCAUGCGAGAAAUUGCCAAGAAACUGAAGAUCUCGUACAACGCUGUGUACUACUCCGUUCACAGAACAGCGCAAACUGGUUCAAACCAGAACAGAAACAGGAGUGGGAGGCCCCGGUGCACAACUGAGCAAGAGGACAAGUACAUUAGAGUGUCUAGUUUGAGAAACAGAAGGCUCACAGGUCCUCAACUGGCAGCUUCAUUAAAUAGUACCCUUAAAACACCCGUCUCAACAUCAACAGUGAAGAGGCGACUCCGGGAUGCUGGCCUUCUAGGCAGAGUUGUAAAGAAAAAGACAUGUCUCAGACUGGCCAAUAAAAAGAAAAGAUUAAGAUGGGCAAAAGAGCACAGACACUGGACAGAGGAAGAUUGGAAAAAAGUGUUAUGGACAGACGAAUCUAAGUUUGAGGUGUUCGGAUCACAAAGAACAUUUGUGAGACGCAGAAAAAAUGAAAAGAUGCCGGAGGAGUGCUUGACGCCAUCUGUCAAGCAUGGUGGAGGCAAUGUGAUGGUCUGGGGGUGCUUUGGUGGUGGUAAAGUGGGAGAUUUGUACAGGGUAAAAGGGAUCUUGAAGAAGGAAGGCUAUCAAUCCAUUUUGCAACACCAUGCCAUACCCUGUGGACAGAGCUUAAUUGGAGCUAAUUUCCUCCUACAACAGGACAAUGACCCAAAGCAUAGCUCCAAACUAUGCAAGAACUAUUUAGGGAAGAAUCAGUCAGCUGGUAUUCUGUGUAUAUUGGAGUGGCCAGAACAAUCAUCGGAUUUCAAUCCUAUGGAGCUGUUGUGGGAGCAGCUUGACCGUAUGGUACGUAAGAAGUGCCCAUCAAGCCAAUCCAACUUGUGGGAGGUGCUUCAGGAAGCAUGGGGUGAAAUCUCUUCAGAUUACCUCAACAAAUUGACAACUAGAAUGCCAAAGGUCUGCAAGGCUGUAAUUGAUGCAAAUGGAGGAUUCUUUGAUGAAAGCAAAGUUUGAAGGACACACUUAUUAUUUCAUUUAAAAAUCAUUAUUCAUAACCUUGUCAACGUCUUCACUAGGAUUGCACAGUUUGGGGAAUAUUCAGAGAUGGAAACUUUACGUGGGAAUUUAAUGGAAAUAUAUGCAAAUUAAUAUUAAAUGUAGGUGUAUUUUGCAUUGGAUAUAUUUACUAUAUCAUAUGGGACUAAACAUAAACCUUUUAUCAUAAGUAGACAUGAUUGCAAAUGAUUAAAUCCUUCCAAAAGAAGUGUAUGUAUAUAUGUAUAUAUGUAUAUAUUUUAUAAAUAAUAAUUUGUUACGAAUUGAACUUUAAUUGACUGAGUUGACUCUUCACAUGGGAUGUUUUCACUUAACAACAACAUAAAGGUAAUAUUGGAAUGAUCCAUCACAUCUCCCAAAAAAUAUGUUUUCAACACAUUUGUAAAAUGACAGUCUAGAAACUAAAGCUUCGGUUGUCUUCCUCUCAGGCUUCCAUGUCUUCUCCCUGGACCUCCUCAAUGUUCACCUCUUGAACAUCAAACUCUGACGCCUCAUCUUCACUGUCACUUUCCAACCUUGUUGAGGAUGGCUCGUUGUCCGGCUCAAAAAGCCUCAAAUUUGCCAAGAUGGCAAAGAUGGAUUUUUCAACCCAUGUAUUGGUCAGCCUGUUGCUUGCUUUGGUGUGUGUGUGUGUAUUCCCAAACAAGGACCAGUUGCGAUCUGAGGCGGCUGAUGUUGGUGGGAUUUGGAGGAUGAUGGAGGCAACAGGGGAAAGAGCCUCAGAUCCACAACGUCCCUUCUACCAGGUGGCUGAUGAGAUAUGUUGUCACGACUACUAUAUUGCAUCUCCAUCCCAAAGCCCUUGCUUGGAAGUGUACUUUGCCUAACUGCCAAGAUCCUUGCACUCAUAUAUGCGAAGGGGACGAGACAGGAGUGAUGACACCAUAGGCCUUGUUGAUAUCUGCACCAGACAGGAUGCUCUUGCCAGCGUACUUGGGGUUCAACAUGUACGCUGCGAUGUGUAUGGGCUUCGGGCAGAAGUCUUCACGCAUUUUGAUGUAUUUCAGAACUGCAGUUUCCUCUGCUUGGCGCAACAGUGAAGUGGACAGGGCUGUACGGAUUUCUUCUCUUACAUCUGCAAGUCUAAACAUCAGACAGGAUGGCAUUCAGGAGUUUCGGGCUGCUUACCACUCUCUCCCAAAAUACAUCAUCCAGGAAGAUCCUCUUGAUGGGGCUGUCCAUAUCGGCAGACUGUGAUAUGGUCAUUUCUUGGAGAGACUCCUUCCCCUGCAGGAGACUGUCAAACAUGAUGACAACACCACCCAAAUGGGUGUUGCUGGGCAGCUUCAAUGUGGUGCUCUUAUUCUUCUCACUUUGCUUGGUGAGGUAGAUUGCUACUAUAACUUGAUGACCCUUCACAUACCUAACCAUUUCCUUAGCUGGGUGUGAAGGGAGAGGCUAGGAUUACUCCACUUUAGACCAAGCAGCCUUUGUGUUUGCAGCAUUGUCUGUCACCAGUGCAAAUACCUUCUGUGGUCCAAGGUCAUGGAUGACUGCCUUCAGCUCAUCUGCAAUGUAGAGACCGGUGUGUCUGUCCCUUGUGUAUGUGCUCUCGUAUAAUACUGAGGGGUAGAGAUGUAGUUAAUUAUUCCUUGCCCACGAAUAUUCAACAACCUAUCAGAGAUGAUUGCAAUACGGUCUCAAUGAUUUGCUUGACCUUCCCUUGAACUCUGUUGAACUCUGCAACCAGCGAAUGAGUCGAUAAAGCAUGUUUGAUUGUAGGGGUGUAUGCUGGGCAAAGAACAUUCAGACAUCUCUUCCAAGACACAUUGCCUGCGAGCAUCAGAGGUUAACCAGUUGCAUACACAGCUCGAGCAAGACAUUCAUCAGCAUUUCUCUGACUACGUUCCUCCAUUGAGUCAAAAGAAACUUCUGAUUCCAGAAGGACCAUGAGCUGUUGCUAUCGAUAAGGUGUCUGAUUCCUCCUUUUCACUUCCAUUAGAAGUAGAGGGACUUUUGUCAGAGGUUGCUUGUUGUGAGCGCUGAGGGAACUUUAUGCACUUGGCCAGAGGAUUCUGAAUCUUUAUUGCCUUCUUCACAUAUGAUUUGGCACAGUAUUUACCAAUGUACACAGCUUUUCCUUCUACAUUAGCUGCAGUGAAAUAUUUCCACACAUCGGCUAAUGCGUGUGGCAUUUUCCUGUAAAGAUGAGGGGGGGAAAAAAGAGCGGAAAAAAACAAAAACAGAUAAAUAGUUAAGCAGUGAGAUUAAACAACUCCUUGUAAGAUAAAUGUUUUAAAAUGAAACAUGUAUGGAAACAGGUGAAUUAACACUCCUCAGUAAGCAGGCUCAAGCAAGCUAAAACUAGCUAGCAGAAAUUGUUAACAAGUUAUAAUUGAUACACACUUUGCUGUAGGCUACUAUUUACUAGUUAACAAAAAAAUCAUGUCUGUCAUAUAAAAUAUAUUCACCCCACCUGGUAUUGUAAUCUAAACUUACCAGAAAGCAUGUAAUCCUUGGCCCAGACAGUGUAGUAGUGUGGGCUCAAUAGCAUCUCAUUAGUGUGUGCAAGAUCUUGAGAAUCAGCUCUACAUGUGAUGGAAGAAUGCACUGUGCAUGCAGUGUUGCAAUUCCAUUGAACUAGGGAUAGUUGAACCAAAAUAUGCCACAAGACCAAGAACUGCCUUAUAUGUAUCCCACAAAAAAAAGGUUCACUGUUAUAAGCUACCUUUUUAAAUAAAUUUAAGCAAAAUUUCCAGGGCUAAACUUCCCAUGGAAAUUGACGGAAAAGUUUCCAACCCUUUGCAACCCUAGUCUUGACUAUUUCCUGUUAAUUUUGCAACUCAUUUCAUGUAUGUUUUCAUGGAAAACAAGAACAUUUUCUAAGUUACCCACCCCCCAAACCUUUUGAACGGUAGUAUACAUACGUUCCCAAUAUACCUGCCACCCAGCCCCCAGCAGUCUUCACCCAGGAAAAAGAGCACACCGGACAGGCCGCAAUGUCUUCUGGUAAAGCAGACCGCUAUCUCACCCAGCCACGAGACUCAAAUACCCUCAUCCAGGCAUGCAGCUCCAACAUCCAGAAGAUCACACAGAACACUGUCAAGAUAAAGAGCAUGGUGAAUCAGCUGGGGACGGGACAAGACACCAGCGAACUGAGGGACAGUCUGUAUUCUGCUAUCUCCCUUACUGUCCUUUGGACAUCGGUUCAUUCAGGCAGCAGAUACAGCACUUUACAAACCAGCUGGCCAAGGAGACCAACAAGCGCCUGAAAGACCUGGGCUUCGUCUCACCAUCUUCAGCACCUUCAGAGCAGAGGCAACAGAAGAUCCAGAAGGACCGGUUGAUGAAUGAAUUCUCCGCUGCCCUUGACAACUUCCAGGCCGUACAGCGCCAGGCAGCACAGAAGGAGAAGGAGUCUGUGGCCAGAGCCCGAGCUGGUUCCCGUCUCUCAGCUGAAGAUGGCGUCUCUGAGGAACAGCUUGUGUCUUUUGAUAACCAAGAUGAUUGGGCUCCGACAAUCACACGGACAGAGGAGGCCAUAACAGAAGAGGACUUGGCGCUUAUCAAGGAGAGAGAGACUAACAUCAGACAGCUAGAGUCGGACAUCUUGGAUGUGAACCAGAUCUUCAAGGACCUGGCAGUGAUGAUCCAUGAUCAGGGAGAGAUGAUUGACAGCAUAGAGGCCAACGUGGAGAGCGCCGAGGUCCACGUAGACCAAGGGACAGAACAGCUUCAGAGAGCCGCCUACUUCCAGCAAAAGUCCCGUAGGAAGAUGUGCAUCUUGGCCGUGGUCCUGUCCAUAGUACUGACCAUACUAGGCAUCAUCAUCUGGCAAGCCACCCAAUGAGAAGAGACUACACCCAAGCUUCUUCUUUAUUCGUUUUGACCCCCAACCUGAAACACUAGCCCCUGGAGCGGUUUGAGAAAGGGAUUCCCGGCUAGCUCACUAUUGGCAGGGGUCAGAGGUCAGGGGAGUGGCAUCAGGGGCAAAGGGAUGGGUCUGGGAUGUAACCUUACCUGUUACCUGACCCCCCCCCCCUCUCUCCUGAGCUCAAGGCCUCCAGCUAACCUCCUCUGAGACAACGCAGUAGUAUUCCUAUUCAAAUGAAGGAGAGUAUUGGAGAGCGUGGAUUAAUAAAAAGAGACUCUUAUCUUUUUGUGCUAUUACUGCACUAACACGAACAUUCAUUGUAUUUACAAAAGCAGAAUAAUUGUUAUUAUUGUAGGGGUGUCAAUCAUUUUUGUAACCUGUACAUUUCUGACACCUUUUUUGUGUGUAAGCAGUUUAGUGUCCCACUCCGUUCAAGUUAUAAGAGAGGUUUCCCUCAACACACAUUAAACCUCGACUAUAAGAUACAUUUUUCGAUGGAGAUUAUCCAUUGAGCUUGUUUUGCUGUUGUCCAGGACUAGCCUUAAUCUGUGUUGAGGAAACCACCUCGUAGUCUUUAUAUUGCUUAGGUGAGAUGAAGUUCUGGUAGCAACUUUGUUUUAUCGAACUGUAUACAUGAUGAUAACAAACUAUGGUUGUAAUAAACACAUUUAAUAACACCGUUGCAUGAGCCAA